AAGCGCGUAUUGACAGGAACCCUCAAAGCUGUCAAGCACCUUGACCAGCUUGACUGCAUCGUUCAUGUCUCAAAUCGAUCGCCACCAUGUCUGAUAAAAAACCACCCCCAACUCCACUCUCUCCCUCGACAGUAUCCUCUUCUGCUCCUAAAUCUCGCGAGGAAUCCAUCGCCUCGGUAUCUCUUACCUCUCCUCAAAUCGACAAAGACCAACUUGCCCAGGCUCUUGACAAAAUACAUAUAUCCGCCAAGGAAAAAGAUGUCCUAACCACCUUUAACGACUUUGCGCCACCGCCGGAAUCUAUAGCUACUACAGAAAGCAAAGGAAUUGGGAGCGACCUUGUGCAAAAUGGCUUGAGUGGACUCUAUUCUCGAUUUAAAGAGGCUGUUGGGGUUAGUGGGAAGGAAAAAUUAGUGGUAAAUACAAAUACCAAAGAGAAUUCCGAAUCGAUCGAUGGGGAUACUGCAUCGAAGAAGAGCUCGAGCACUACCACCACAGGCCCCAAGCCUUCUACCUCUUUACUGAGAGCCGAUACGGGCGCUACAUGUUCAACUUUCAACUCAUCCCAGUCUGAGCCGAUGACUUCUACUAUUGCUUCUUCAAGUGCGGCUCCGACUAGCGAAAGCCAAUCCCAGCAAUCUCAGCAACCCCAGUCGACGAUGGCUUCAUCCGUUACUAAUCUCACUGGGGUUAUGACUUCAAAAUCUGCCUCAUCAAGCCGUCAAAGCAUACCGAAUAUGACAAAAGCGACAGCCGCUGUAGCGCCCGUACAUGUCAGUGCUUUCAAAGACGGAUCUCGGGGUACGUCAGCCAAGACUGAAGAUAGCGCAAGUAGAGGAUGCGGAAGGAGUAUUAGCAGGUCAAACGAUGGGCAACAUAUUCCGAACCCGGAGUUAUCGUCGAUCUAUGAUGCACCCGGAAAUAAGCGUGCCUCUAAUCUUGACAAGAUUGCAAUUCCUAGUCAUUCGAGGCGAGAGGAUGGAUUAAUUGUAGAUGAGCAUACCGAUACUCCUAUUAGUCCUAUAAAGAGAUCUAAUGUUAUGCCACCCAUUUCUACAGCCCCUAAUUCGACUUCGCCGGACUCUUACAUACAACCUCAGCCCGCUUUGCUUUCCGCUAAAGAUGCCAUCAGAAGGCCCGCUCUAAUUGACCGGAUUAGCUAUUCUAGAGCUUCUGGCGAUCUUUCUAGAUCCUCUUCCUUAUCUAGAGGUACAACGGAACAUAGCCCCAUUAACACAUCUGCUCAUAACAGUGUUCAUCAUGAGUCGUUUGCACAAAUUCCCUCGGCUCAACGAAUACGAUCCGGCGAAUACAGGAUUCCAGGCACGACUACUGACGAGGGCGCUCCGGAAAUUGUCAACGCGAAAUUAGCUUCCAUGCGAAAACAAGUCUUAAGUAAAGAUUUCUGGAUGGCCGAUGAGACUUGCAAGGAAUGCUUCCUAUGUGGUGCUCCAUUUACCGCUUUCCGCCGCAAACAUCAUUGUCGAACAUGCGGCUGCAUUUUUGAUAGCGGAUGUACGUCUAUAAUCUCUGGCCAGCGAUUUGGGGUUCAGGGGACACUCCGUGUAUGUAAGCCUUGUUUAGGUAUCAUCCUCCAAAGACAAGACGGCGCUGCGUCUGACGAUUCGGCCGAUGAUUCAUUCCUCCCAGCAAUAUUCCGUAGUGGUCAAUCUAAGCGAGGGUAUUCGCCGUUCUCAAAAAUGGAUCGAGAUGAUGCUAGUAUCUCUGAGAGAACGGACGACCUUGACGAUGACAAGAGAUCAUUAACUGCACCUAUGAUGGCUAUUCCAGUUGCGAGACGCAUUGGUGAAUCCUCAAACCGCAACUCGGCUGUGUUGGAAAUUGGUACUCCACAGCUUAGUAGGCCAAGUUCGUCUAGGUCUUUGAAGUCUAAUACCUCAGGCAGACCACAGUCUUCUAGCCAUAGACGCCACCAUUCGAAGCAUAAUUUAUGGAAUCGCCUUAAACCAUCCCCAGACCAAAGAGCACCGUUCCGAAAAUCCGCAACGGAAGAGGCAAGUAAAAAAACCGGGUUGCAUGCUUUUCAUGACGACAAUGUCAUCGAUCCAGAUUUAGCGCCAUUUAUGUCGGACGAAUCCAGUGGCGACGAACAGAUGAGCAUUGCGGGGGCUAUAGCUGGAUCCGAAUUUCAUGCGUCGCCUGCGACGGAUCCUGAGAGGUCGAGUUUGGCAUACCUUAAUGCCGGGAGGAAACUUAGAACCCGAGCGCAAACGGACAAAAGCAUUAGUGGCGUAAGUUUUACUAGCCGUGGCCUGGACGAUUUUCAUCCAAGAUCCUCCAGACGACGAAACAUGAGUAUUGCUAGUGGACACCACGUUCGCUCUCCUCGACCUAAAUCGGCCGUGAUAAGGGGUCCAACUGGAUCAAAUGAGACACUCCCAGCAAUUGACACUCCAGGAGGAUCCCAGCUGCCACGCCUCACUCGGAGUUCUUCUAUGAAAGGGGAUAAAGAACCUCGGUUAGAACUUAACCCGGCGAGUUUGUUACACGUCCGGAAGCUCCUGCGACAAUUGCUUGAAGAUUCCAAUGUGCCAAACGUAAGCGCCUGGGAGAAGGCCUUAAUGCCAAUCCUUUUAAAAUGUACUUCAUCCGUUGACCCUGAUAUCGAUAGAGGAGAUGACAUCGAUAUUCGGCACUACGUCAAGCUCAAAAAGAUCCCAGGAGGUAGGCCAAGUGAUACUUGCUAUGUCUCAGGCGUAAUAUUUACCAAAAAACUGGCCUUAAAGAGCAUGCCACGCCGCAUGUCGACCCCUCGUGUUGUUAUUGUGUCUUUUCCGAUCGAAUACCAACGACAUCAACAACAAUUCAUGAGCCUUCAACCUGUUAUCGAACAGGAGAGAGAGUUUUUAAAACAGUUAGUGAAUAGGAUUAUAGCCCUCCGCCCUCAGUUGUUGUUAGCCGAGAAGAGUGUCUCAGGUCUUGCGUUACAAUUUCUUUCGGACGCGAAAAUCUCCGUUGCUUACAACGUGAAGCCUUCCGUGCUCUCGGCUGUUUCGAGAUGCCUAGAGACAGAGAUUAUCUCUUCUGUAGAUAUGUUGGCGCUUCCUCCGCAUCAGUUCCAGACAGGAAAAAGUACAGGUUACGAGGUGAAGACGUUCGUCAAUGAGGAUAUCCCAGGUCGAAAGAAGACGUACAUCUUCUUAUCUAGCUACCUAGAAGAUCUCGGCUGUACCAUUGCCCUCAGAGGUGCAUCUACGCCUAUUCUUGCGAAGCUCAAGCACAUAACUGAGUUUAUGGUAUAUGUAGUAUAUAACCUAAAACUCGAGUCAUGUCUGAUGCGGGAUUCAUUUAUCCAGAUUCCUACAGACGAAGAUAUAUCGAGAGAUUCUACUCAAACCACUGAUAGCAGUCAGCCAUCACUACCUACCAAGGCCGCAAUCGACGAUGAUGCGCAGAAAAGUUUGCUCAGCAUAACUCAAGAUGAGAUACCAUCAAGCCAAGAAGAUCAUUCCCCCGGGAAUGCAAUUGAAGUAUCACAGGACAGCAAUGUGCCACAAGAUCAGCCUUUAUCAAUCCAACCAGCCAGCCAGUUAAUUUCGCUCCAUGAAACGCACUCUCAAGCAGCCCACGAAAGUUCUGUUCCAGAAGAUGUUCCUAUGCCAACCUUUUAUAGUGAUAUGGUGGCCAAGUAUCAAACAAGAAUCCUCUCUGUUUCACCGUUCGUCAAAUUCGCAAAACCAUAUCUACUUAUGAAAGCUCGAGAGCAGGAAAGAAAGUUGGCUCAUUUAAAACGGUUGCGGGAUCAAGAUGUAAUUGAGGAGCGCGUAGACAACGAAAAGUCCAAUCCUCCAAAGUUCCAGCUUAUUAAACCGCAAAUGGUUCUCGAGACAGGCCAUAACGCCCCUAGACAAAUUAUGGAAAUUCUUCAUGCUGUCCACGAUGCUGAAUACGACAGGGCUCUCUACAACUAUCAGACGCAAACAAGACAAUGGGAAAAUUACAUCAAGGGCAAUAUUGGGUUUUUCGAGCCCUACGCCCACCAGAACAUUGUUGUCCUACAUUCUGUCAUAUGUACUGAAACUAAGAUCCCGUGUUCGGAGCCGAAUCUGAUCGCACUUGGCUUUUACGACGAGCACGUCGAUAGAAGCAGCGGUAUGGACCCUGAUUGUACUUUGGGCCAAUACAUUGAGGAUAUCUGCUAUGGCGCCGACUCAACCUGCGAAGCGAAUGGAUGUGAUCGCAAAUUGUAUGAGCAUCACCGAACAUACGUUCAUGGCGAAGCACGAAUUACUAUAUUCAUUGAACAAGAUACUGGAGGCCGACUCCACGGAGACAAUAUCAUGAUGUGGAGCUACUGUAAGCAUUGCAAGCGAGAAACUAGCGAAAUAGAGAUGUCCAGAGGGACCUGGAAGUAUUCAUUUGGAAAAUACCUAGAACUAUCAUUUUGGAGUAGGGGUACCACGCUAGUAAGAGACGAGGAUUUGGGGGGUUGGAACUGUCCUCACGACCACCAUCGCGAUCAUAUACGAUACUUUGGGUUGAACGGCAAGGUUGUACGCAUCCAUUACGACCCCAUCGACCUCUUAGAAAUCAUUGUACCUCGAGCCAGAAUUACUUGGAAUGUUGGGCAUGAUCUCAACAUGAAAAAUGAAAUAUUCACAAAUGCUCAAGAGCGUUGGACGCGGUUCACGACGUCUGUCAAAUCACGACUGAAAGCAAUUAAUACCGACAAUAUCAUCCCUGAAAAGGCCGAACCAUGUAAGGCAGAAAUGGAGCGGUUAUCGAAAAGAAUACAUGAUGAUCACACCUCACUUAUUCGGAAGCUUCAGGACAAAUAUAUGGAAUCUAAAUAUUAUGAAGUAAUUCCAUUUAACAUAGUUUUACGAGAGAUGCUGGUCAAGGUGGCCGAAUGGGAUGCUGCUUUUGCCAAGUUUGAAGCUGAUUUUCUCCCUUCUGACAAGGAUAUUCGAAAGCUGACUAUGAUUCACCUUCGUAAAAUGUUCACGGACGAAUCAAAGGAAUCUCUUAAUAGCAAUGAAGUCCAAAACGAAGCCACCGAUAUCACAGACGAAACAGGUACUCAGACAAACAUGCCGGAAAGCGACCACAAGCAGGAUACUCAACAAUCAGAAGCUAAUACGGAUACUUCUCAGCUUGAUGUAAUCCAAGAAAAAAACCCACUGGAUGUACCGCCUCAGGAAGAAACUCUAGAGAGGAUUGAGCCACUGGAUCUUGCGACACCGAAAUCACCUGUGCCCAGCAGUUCCGCCCCAAGCCAACCGGAUAAUCACGUCGGUACCCUGGAAGUGUCGGUACCAAAUGUCACAGAUGCAGUCUCAGCAUUAUCCCCCGAGCUUGUGCCACGGCUGGCAACAAGCACGGUACCGCCUAUGUCACUAACUGAGCAAGUUGAACAACUUCGCCGACGACAGCAUUCGUUGGGGCCUGAAAGCACGAGCACGGCAGGAUAUGUAGGAAACGAGCGGGCUGGGACCGCUGGAGAGUCUCAAAAGACGCCAGAGCGCAGCUCUUCUCGCAGGAUAGGAUUAAACGUUUCGCCACCGAUGGUGCGCGCUAUAUCACACCCUGUGAAUAGUAUUCCGACCUUGCCCCGCCUACAUUCUACAGUAGGUAAAAAGAUGUUUAAUACCAACAAGGACAAGGAUAAAGACAAGGGACCUUUUACAGAGGUGAUAGCCGGAAGCGAACUCCGGAAGGCUGCAACUAGCGAAUCCGCUAAGAGUGAGAAGAAGCUUUUUAGUAGUCUCCGGCCGCAUCGCAAGGGUAACCAGUCGUCUAUUCCCCGUUUUGUUGGAAAGAAAGACUCUAGGGUGUCUACUAUUCGUAAACAUUUCGAACAGCUCAGUCGUGAAUUCGAGAAAGAGCGUGAAAAAGAUCGUGAAAAACGAAAACUAAGAAUGUCUCAUUCGAGGCCUUUCCUCCAGCAUUCCACGACUAAAGCUAUAGUUGAGGUUUACGAAGACGUGGAUGAGGCCGUACAGGAACCAGGUCCUGCCGAGGAUGAGCAUGCGACCACAUCGGGACUAGUUAAUCUCAAAUUGAAGAAUAAAUUAGGACUAGAAGGCCCCCCUCCAGGAAAUGAGGCUGUUGAAGCACCAACAGAAGACAUGCUAUUUCCAAAAGAUGGUCAUCGACGUCAAGAUGAAAUUGCUAUUGAAGGUGAAACUGAUGACCAGGCGCACAACAAUAGUUUAGGACCUACAGAUGAUGAGCAAGGGGAAAGCGACACAGAGCAUUCGUUGAUCGACGGUACGACGCUUGAAGAGAUUGCCGAGUCGUUUGACUCUAACGCGGAGAUUCCGAUAGAACUUCCCAAGCAGGACAAGAACAACUUCAUGAAGGUACUGACUACGUUUUGGAAUGAACGCUCAGCUAGCCAAUGGCCACCGCUAGAUUACCCCCUAAAUGCAGCUGACCAUAUUUUUAUCGAUUCCGACAUCAUUGUCCGGGAAGAUGAGCCAAGCUCGCUCAUUGCGUUCGCCUUGAGCUCCGAAGAUUAUAAGGAGAAGCUUCGCACAUUUUAUCGCAAGAAGGAUGGUGAGAGCGUAGUAGCUUCAGCAGGGACAGAUACAGAGGACGACGCACAUUCUGAGGUGCACUCAGACAUUGGGGAAAAUGUCACCGAAAGUCAACUGGAGACCAAACUUGUUCACACUACGAGUUCCCAUUACAAGUAUCAAUUCACCGAAGGGACGGCAAAAAUGCUGGUUAAAAUCUUCUAUGCCGAGCAAUUCGACGCUUUACGACGGAAAUGCGGCGUCGCUGACCGCAUCAUUGAGUCUCUGUCUCGGUGUUUAAAAUGGGAUUCUAAAGGUGGUAAGACAAAGUCAGUUUUCUUGAAGACUCAGGACGACCGGUUGGUAAUGAAGUCUUUGUCGCCAGUGGAGACAGCUGCUUUUUUGAAGUUUGCACCGGCGUACUUCGGUUUAAUGGCGGAGGCGCUUUUCCAUGAUCUCCCGUCAGUAAUUGCCAAGAUGCUAGGGUUCUUUCAAGUCAUUAUAAAAAACCCGGUAACCAACACGGAGAUCAAACUGGACUUGCUUCUUAUGGAAAACCUAUUCUAUGAUCGGGCUCCUACGAGGAUCUUCGACUUGAAGGGUUCGAUGAGAAACCGAAAGAUCCAGUCAACUGGAGAGCGUAAUGAAGUUCUUCUCGACGAGAAUAUGGUGGACUAUAUUUAUGAAUCGCCGCUUUUCGCGAGGGAACACUCGAAGAAAACUUUGCGCGACUCGGUCUGGAACGAUACACUAUUCUUAGCCCGUCAGAACGUCAUGGAUUACUCCCUGAUGAUCGCUGUGGAUGAGAUAAAGAAAGAGUUAGUUGUAGGUAUCAUUGACUGCAUCCGCACAUACACAUGGGACAAGAAACUUGAAAGCUGGAUCAAGGAUCGCGGCUUCGCGGGCGGCGGUCGUAAUAAACCAACCGUAACCAGCCCAAAGGAAUACAAAUCGAGAUUCAGAGAGGCUAUGGCCAGAUAUAUCCUUGAAGCACCGAAUUGCUGGCACCAGCCUAGUGCGCCGCUCCCAGUGUCGAGACCCCCACGAGCGGAAAUGAAUGCUGCAAGAAGAGACGAAGUAGCAACGGAUGUAGGCGCAACAUAGGUAUCGCGCCUUCGUAGGUUUACUAUAGGAUGAUCAGAGGGGUGGGUAUCUUGUACGGAUGGUAUAUAUGACGUUAACCACGAAACGAGUUGAUGAGGCGUUUUACAAAAGGUAACUACCUGACCUAUAGUAUACGGAUGGGCAUAGGGCAGCAUGAUAUCCUCAAUACGGGGAUAGCGAGACGUGGAUAAACGAAAGCAGUUCGAGACAAGAGCGUGAAAGGUUGCUCUUUAUCUUUUGAUAGCGAAUACCCAUUUUAAUACUUUAGGUACCUUUUUGACUUUUGGUGCUGUAUUCCUGGUAAAGUUGGGUAGUCCAUGUCGUACCUACGUUAAAGCCCAUGAUAUGCAAUCAUCAAAGUUGAAGUGAACGUGG